AAUGCGUACCCCUACUUAUAUAAAAUCUUCAAAUUGGGCACCAUUACCGUUUCGUAGGUAUGGCCGUGCUUCUAAUCUGUCAAUAACCAUUAGGGUUGAAGAUCAGUGCUUAAACCAUAUUUAAUUUUUUCCCUCAGCAACUAUGGACAAACUUUGGAAUAGAUUAAAAAUGCAAAAUGAAGGUAGCUCAUUGCUGAUUCCUUUAAAACAAAAACAUUGUUUUAGGCGUGGAAAAUGACAAUAGUAAGUAUCAGUUAGACCUUUAUGCUGAUAUACAAUCAGGCACCUCUAUGUUUCCUUUCCUCAAU